CUUCCUCCUCUUUCAGAUUUUAUAAAAUCAGUGUGCUGAUUGAGCCACUCGUGGCCUCCAUCCAGGGCCUGGCGACUUAUUUAGGGGUCUUCCCCAGUGCUGUCAUGGGGCUGAGUAGGGGAGGGUGAUCUUUCCUCUCCCUUAGCAGAGGGUGUCGGGGAAGCUGAACCAAAAUGUGGGAAGGAGGGUGGCUGAGGGACAAAGAAUGAUGGUUUCGGGGUCAUAGCACUGGACUAGGACUCACGAGAUGUGGGUUUAAUUCCUGGCUGUGCCACAGACUCCCUCUGUGAUUAUGGGCCAGUCCUUGGGCAGGGACAGUCUCUUGCUGUGUGUCUCUACAGCACCAUGGGGCUCUGCUAAUAGCUUCUAGGGGCUAUGUAAUAAUCUGCUAGACUGAAAUAUCUUCCCACGAGCCGUGUGGGGACAUGAAUCAUAACCCUGGAGAGCAGACAGCAGGGAUCAGUCCUGCCUUGGCUGGGUGCGAAUGAACGAGAAAUAGGUGCAACAGUUGAACCGUGCUGUCUGCACGUGGAGCAGGGGAAACUUUGGCUUUCCGAAGUGUGGGCCGGGUUCCUUUUGGUCUGGCAGCCAUGUCCACCUUCAGGCAGGAGAAUGUGGAGGACCAUUAUGAGAUGGGAGAAGAGCUGGGCAGUGGCCAGUUCGCCAUUGUGCGGAAGUGCCGGGAGAAGAAAAGCGGCCUGGAGUAUGCAGCCAAGUUCAUCAAGAAGCGGCGCCUGUCGUCCAGCCGGCGGGGCGUGAGCCGGGAGGAGAUCGAGAGGGAGGUGGACAUCCUGCGGGAGAUCCAGCACCCCAACAUCAUCACGCUCCACGACAUCUUUGAGAACAAGACGGACGUGGUGCUGAUCCUGGAGCUGGUCUCGGGGGGCGAGCUCUUUGACUUCCUGGCUGAGAAGGAGUCUCUGACGGAGGAAGAGGCCACCCAGUUCCUCAAACAGAUCCUGGAUGGGGUCCACUACUUGCAUUCCAAGCGCAUAGCGCACUUCGACCUGAAGCCUGAGAACAUCAUGCUGCUGGACAAGAAUGUGCCAAACCCCCGCAUCAAACUCAUCGACUUCGGCAUUGCUCACAAAAUCGAAGCAGGGAACGAGUUCAAAAACAUCUUUGGGACCCCGGAGUUCGUAGCCCCUGAAAUCGUGAACUACGAGCCCUUGGGGCUGGAGGCUGACAUGUGGAGCAUCGGGGUCAUCACAUACAUUCUUCUAAGUGGCGCCUCUCCGUUCCUGGGCGAAACGAAGCAGGAGACCCUGACGAACAUCUCCGCUGUGAACUAUGACUUCGACGAGGAGUAUUUCAGCAACACCAGCGAGCUGGCCAAGGACUUCAUCCGGCGCCUGCUCGUCAAGGAUCCCAAGAAGCGGAUGACAAUUGCCCAGAGCUUGGAGCAUCCUUGGAUUAAGGUGAUCAAGAGGAGGAACGUCCGCAACGAAGACAACGGCAAGAAGCCGGAGAGGCGGCGUCUCAAGACCACUCGGCUCAAGGAGUACACCAUCAAGUCCCACUCCAGCAUGCCCCCCAACAACACCUACAUCAACUUUGAGCGCUUCUCCAAGGUCCUGGAGGAGGUGGCUGCGGCUGAGGAGAGCCUCCGGGAGAUGGAGAGGAACAAGAAGUCCUUCCGGGAGGACAUCGAAGCCUUGCGCUCCAUCUACGAGGAGAAGGAGUCCUGGUACAAGGAGGAGAAUGAGAGCAUCAGCCAGGACCUGCGCCAGAUCCGGCAGGAGCUGCAGAAGACAGAGGCCCUGAAAAAGCAGACCCAGGAGGAGACCAAGAGCACCCUCCUGGUGGCCAAUGGGCUUAAACGGCGCUACCGGAAGCUGGAGAACCGCUAUGAGGCUCUGGCCAAGCAGGUGGCCUCAGAGAUGAAGUUUGUGCAGGAGCUGGUGUGGUCAAUGGAGCAGGAGAAGCUGCAGGUUGGAGAGGGGGACUGCAGCAUCCGCUAGCCUUCAUCCUCUGAGCUUGUGGGGCUGGGGAGGAGGACACGGUGGUGGGGAGAAUACCUUUGCCACGGCCUGUAUAGGGGAGACACCCAAUCUGUGCCCACUUGAGCUUCAUCUAUUCACCAGGAGCCCGAGAGGCUCUACAUUAAUGGCAUAAAACCAGAAUAGAUUGCUGCAGCGUGUAGUAUCUAGGUAUGACAGCCUAGACACUACAACUCCCAUCAUGCAAUGCUUCUGAUCCAAACUGUAGUCUGCUGAGCCCACUGCAUGCUGGGAUCUGUAGUCUUCCCCAAAUUGCCCUGCUAUAUUGAAGUAGAAGGCUGCACUGUUUAUGGGCUGGUCUCUGGCCAGCCCCCUGUUUUGAGGGUAUAUUGGCAAUGGCAGCUCUUAAUCACUUGCGAGUGGGUCCAGUCCUUGUCCAAGGACUUAGGCUGUUUUUUACUCUGAAAUUAACGAAAUCCCUUGCUAAGAGUUCUUAAUGUUCCAUCCCCCCACCCCCGCCCGUCAUACUCUGACCACCAGCAGUGAAGCUGUGACUUGUCUUCUAACUCCCUGCAGCCGUGGCUGUGAUGAUCCUGACCUGGGUACUGCAGUUGCUUGGACUUCUAGAGCAUCCCGACAGCGGGAGCUGCUCUUGCAAGUUCAUAAGACUCUUCUCUUUCUGGGGAGAGAGACCAGCAGGUGUUCCCAGAUAAACUAGUUCCGUGGGGCACAGCUGAAUGGCUCAGGGAGGGGCCUCUGAUCUGUGCAUUGUACAGACUCUUGAUAGCUCCUGACGCGUUUGGAGAGGGAAGAGCCAAACCCUUUGGAAAAAUGGACUGGCCAGUUAGAAGCCCCUAACCCGGCUGUCGAGUUCUCCUGACCUGGGCAACUCACCUUAGCCGACCUCCUCAGCCGGCUUGCACAGUGGCGGCCUGUCAGUACUCUUGCCAGUAGAAUCUCUCUCACUGAUUUGCAGUUUCCUCAAGAGCUGUUGUUUCAGCAGCGUGACCUUCUUUCCUUCUCGGGAACUGCCUUUGUCCCUCAGCGACCCAAGCUGGGGGAGGGCUUUAAUUUCUUUUUAAACUCUCCAAGCCACUCUGCUGUUGGAAAUACAUUUUCUUACCAUUCUGGGCAGAGAAUUGAUCACCCUGCGAUAAUCCUAACCGUUGAGACUAGAGCUGCCUCCCAUCCAGCAGUUGCUAGUUAUCUGUGGGGCUGGGGCUUGGGCUUGCCUUAGGGCUUCUGGGCACCGUUCCCAGCUGCACAGGAUGCUCUGGAAGGUCUCUGUAAUGCUAGGGCCUCCUCUCCAUGAUCCUUGCCCUUUCCCAGGGUUUAAUUUGCACCUCCCUCAAUCCUGGCUGCGGAAAAGACUGGCUGAGUUCUCCUGAGGCAGUGCUGGGUUGGAGAAUUGAGUCCUUUCCUCCUAAUGAGGGCAGGGUUUGGCCUUCUCCUGCCCCCGGUUCCUCCCUGCGGGCCUGCAUAUCAAUGACCUAGCUUUAUCCAAGACAGGAGAGCACUGGGAGUUUAGGAUCCCGAACCCAGGCAGGCAUCUUCCCAAGAUACACUGGGGGCGCUGCGGCUCUGAUGGCAGCAAGGGCUGCCAUGAACAUAUCUGUCCACGUCAACUCCCCGCGCCUGGUGUCUGCAUCUCCUUUUCUGCACCUCCUGGCCUGGAUGUUUCUCUGGAGCCAUCUUGGCUGGGGCUGUUCCUGCUGCUUCUCGGAGCCUUUUUCAUCUGUGAAUUGCUCGUCGUCUCCUGCUCCCGAAGCAGCUGAAUACCUCCCAGCUUCAGUCUGUGCCUGUCACAUGGCUUCUGUUUUCCCUCCGCUUGGACCUUGGUGCCGCUCAUCCCUGAGCCCUUGUAGGGUUUUGUGCAGCCUUUUUCUAUCAGCCUCUUUCUUCUUUAUACAGUAGGAGUACCAGCAUCGUGGAAGCUAGAGGUGGGAAAGAUCAACUAGCGGGCACAUGGAGUUGGCUAAUGCAGUGCAGGUCUUUCCUUGCUGUCCCCUUUGCUGUCUCUUCUGCCUCUUCCAGGCUGCCUGGCAUUGUGCCAAGUACUCCAGACCGGAUUUGCCACAGCGGGGCCAUAAGGGUUUCUCCUGACUCCUGCUCCUUGUUUUGCAUGUUCCUAACCGCUGUUUGUCACUGGCCAGAUCUUCAGUUUCUCUCCUGCCCCAGUGGCCUGAUUCAGUGUUUGGCCCUCUAGGGCCUAAUUCCCUUGGACAUUUCUCCCCAGUCCUCUCCUUAUGUUAGUCACAUGCAGAAGCCACUUGUCAGUGCUUGUCCCUUUUUUUCCCCUACCCCCCACCCUGCCUUUGGGCGUUGACUGGCCUCUGCGCGCUUCCCAUCUCCCUGCAUGUUGCCAGCGUGCGCCAGAUCAGCCCACGGUCUGUAGUACUUGAUUUGUCACUUCCCUGCAGUUAUUCCCCUACCGCCUUCCACCCAGGGACCUCAGAGUGCUUUGCAGACACCACCUGAACCUCCAUUGACCCUGUGGGUCAGAAUCCGCCUACGUUUUUAGAGGUGAACUGAGUUGCACGGUCAAAUCACUGACCCGUGGGAACAGAACGCAGGAGUCCUGCCUUCCAUCCCCAUCUCGACCCACUAGCCAAUCCUCUUGCCUGCGAGCUAAACCACAUUUCUACCUCCACCACCCAUGUCCAUUUACGGCUGCUCUGUGGCCUGUUACCCAGUCAACUUUGUAUUUUGUCGUUGGUAAAACAUUCACUGCCUUGAUGCUGCCCCCUUGCUGCAUUGUACUGACAGCUGCUUUGAUAGUUCAAGGCAACUGUCUGAGUCUAUAGUGUACCUUGAAUUUCAGUUUCCCUAACUUUGACCCUUACAGCCACAUGCUGUCUUCAACCCCAGGUCCAAUCAGUUUCCUUUCUUGGCUUCCCUCCCAUCUGCCCUUGCUUGGGGUUUGCUCUAUACAACCAUCCAGUGCAAGAAAGAGUCUGCAUACAGACAGGCAGUGGUGGGGGAAGAAACAGUCUCUCAAGCUGGAAAACAAUAAUCAGGCUGCAAACAUGGCAUGUGCGGCUCGUUUGGCCUCUUCUGGUCUGUGGACUCUAAUGUCAGGAGUGGAAGAAUGCGAAGAAUGCCCUGGAUUUUCCUGGCUUUUGUGCUAACUCUUCCUCAUUGAUCCCUCCAGGGAGGUAGCAGUGAGGAAUUUGUUGCUUUAUGGCUCAAUGCCUCCACAUUGGAAAGCCAAGCUGGCUAGUGACUGUGUGGCUUGAGAAUCCCUUUUUAGCUGGUCUCUCUCAACCCCUUCUUUCUUCUGUGUGUCUCCUCCGUUAAGCAGAGGCAAUCUCUGACCAAAGACUUUGAAUCUCACAGGGGCCCAAUCCUUACAGUUGCCAGAUACACUCCAGUCCUGUGGAUUUCACUAGGAAUAAAGGAUUGCUUGUCACUUCUCAGGAUCGGGCUCCAGGUCUGCAGGGAGUGUAAUUUCUACUCUGCGCUCAUGUCACUUGUUGCCAGGCUACGUAACCAGAGAGGGAGUAGGACCCCGGCAGUCGGGGUUCAAGGCUGUAUCCUGGGUGUGGUCGGAUAGGACAGCAGCUACGCCUAGAAAUCUCUCCAACGUUCUCUUUACCCAGCUUACGGAUUUGGGCUCCAUACUGUAAACUGAAAGAACAAGGAAAUGCGUAGCGGAGAAUAUUGCUAUGGUCUCUUCCUGCGCAGAGGCGAUGUUUGAUGCCCUUCUCCCUUUCCGAUUGUAUUACCCUUUUCUCCUGUGCCAUAGCCCCAAAGGUCCUGGAUUCGAAAGGCAGCCCCGUGCCUGCGUAAGCUGCAGCAUUGAGGGCUGUCAUGUACCUCUUGGACUCUGAGCUGUCGGGCCCCCGGGGCCACUCGGAGAUUAAACAGACCCGUGCGUUUGUGCCAAUCCCAGUCGAAAGCACCAGUGCACAUGCCGUAACCCAGCACCUAACUUCCGUAAUGAAGUGGACGCCGUCCGGAGGGCGCUUUCAAGCGAACUUGUUCUAGGGGCAUGGAAAUGUCUGUGUAAAAUGAGGGAGGGACCAGGACCGGGAGCUGGACGGGUUGAUCUCUAGGCCUGGUUGGAUACAGAGUGGAUCAGAGAAACGAGAUGCUCAACAAAGAGAUGUUGGUUGCCAAGCCGGUACCAGAUCUGCAGAAAACAUGUGUUUUCCUGGCUUCUUCCUUGGCUGUGAUGUGUGAUCUCCAAGUGUCCUUUCCGUACCAAUCUGCUGGGCAUUCCAAGGGGCUGUAGGAGGGAACCUCGCAGCCACGCCUGUAUGUUCCUGGUUUUUGAAUACCUUUACCCCCAGGUGCCGGUGUGGGAUUAAAUAGAUGAGGGGAGGCAGGUGUGAACUACCAGGUGAGAUGCGAGGUUUGUCCACGGUCUGGUCUCGAGCAGCUUGGAUUAGAUGGGAGCCCUCUGGUGUGCUCGAGUGUAUUGCACUUUGGCAAUCCUUUGCUGUCCUUGAGCAAGGAUCAGCUUCACUUCCCGUCCAGGGAAAGUCCUUAGCCAGUCCCCGAAGCUGCAAGCAGAUGUCAACACAACACAGGGCCUUGAGGAGGGAGACAAGCAUGGGCUGGAUCUUGGGGAAUCCCGCCGCUUGUCAUGAACAUGGCGGUGGGGGCGGAUAGAAACUCCUUCUCUGUGAGAGCCACUAGCCCCUGGGACCCCUGGCCCACUCCCAGAGCAAGUCUCCACUUGGCGUAGGGGUCCCCAGCGGAAAGGCUAAGAGAGGUCUCUGGGGACCAGCGGCUCUGCCAUUGCUCGGGGCCUGGGGUUGGUUGGUUUGUAUCAGAACCUAGGGUUGAAAGGCAGAUGGUGCCUCUAGCUCCUUGCCUGAAGCAUGUGUUGGAAGGCGGGCUGUAAUACAGCUCCGCAGCAACAACCGGCAGCCAAUCAGUGUUCAGCUUUGCAUGAAAGGAGUCAGGGGUUGGCCAAUCACUGACUAUCAUUGUUAUGAAUGUAGACAGGGUCUGAGCCCUCUUUCGUGGUUCGCCCACCUGGCUGUCUGGGCUCAUGGGUCGUGUGUUCUGUGCCAUGUCCUAGUGCCUGUGUGGCAGGGAGAUGUAUUAACCUUGGUGUAGGUCCGUUUUUAUUAGGAACGAGUGAACCCAUGCACUCCUCUGCUCUGUGACACACACAGGCCAGUACCGAUAGGUUAUACGAGCCUGUCUUUAUUUGAAGGGAAUAAAGAUUUCUGUAGCAA